AUGCCUAAUUCAAUACCUUCUCACCCCAAUCAGAACCCCGAGCCAGAGCCUCUAUCCAUGUCAAGGGUCGAGACUCGAGAAACCCUUCACGAUGCCGGCCUUUCAGAAACUCCACCACCAGUGGACUACAACUAUAUCGAUGUCCAGAGUCAAGAUAAUCCUGAAUUUCCCGAGGAAUAUGUCGUCGAAACGAGGACCGGUUUAGUUCCAGAAACAGCCUUGCAACAAUUACGAUCCCGCCCUUCUUCAGCAACACUGGAUGUUGAAAAGGGACCAAAAGAGCCUGUCGACUACGUCACCUUCACAAUCGACGAUCCCGAGAAUCCACACAACUGGUCUCGUGUAUACCGCUGGUAUAUCACCCUUGUCGCCUCGGCUGUCGUGGUAUGCGUAGCCUACGGUUCAGCGGUCGUCACUGGCGGCCUGGGUCUCAUCGAGGUCAAAUAUAAUGUCUCCUUGGAGGUUGCCAUCUUAACCUGCUCAAUCAUGGUCUGUGGAUUUGCCGUGGGACCUCUACUCUGGUCUCCACUCUCCGAGAUUAUUGGUCGCCGACCCGUAUACAUCAUCUCCUUCGCACUCUACACCAUCUUCCAGAUCCCUUGUGCCCUAUCGCCAAAUAUCGGCGGGCUACUAGCAUGCCGAUUCUUGUCUGGAGUCUUUUCCAGUUCCGGACUAUCUCUCGCCGGUGGAACCAUUGCAGAUAUUUGGAAUCUCGAAGAGCGCGGCAUGGCCAUCGCCUAUUUCGCCGCUGCUCCCUAUUGUGGUCCCGUCCUCGGACCAAUUGUAGCUGGUUGGAUCAAUGUCGGCACCGGCCGACUGGACCUAUUCUUCUGGACAAACAUGGCCUUCGCAGGUGUUCUCAUGAUCCUUAUCGGCCUCGUCCCCGAGACAUACGCUCCCUUGAUCCUCAAAAAGCGCGCCGCGAAGCUUCGCAAGGAAACUGGAAACCCGAACAUCAUCACCGAGCAGGAAAAGGCCAAACCCUCUCUCAAGGAUAUCAUCCGGAUAAACUUGAUUCGCCCUAUCACCAUGAUCAUGACCGAACCGGUCCUUGAUCUCAUGUGCAUUUAUGUCAUGCUGAUCUACUCCAUGUUGUACGCGUUCUUCUUCGCGUACCCGGUCAUCUUUGGUAAGCUCUAUGGCUACAACGAUGGCCAGAUUGGUUUGAUGUUCAUUCCGAUCUUGAUCGGUGCCGGUUUUGCCCUGUGCAUUACUCCCAUCCUCGAAAAGGAUUUCAAGCGCAUCUGUGCGCAACGCGCACCAACUCCCGAGGAUCGGCUGAAGGCUGCUAUGUUUGGAGCUCCUUUUGUUCCGAUUGCACUUUUCAUCCUUGGUGCUACUUCAUAUAAGCAUAUCAUCUGGGUUGGACCUGCUUCAUCUGGUCUGGCUUUCGGCUUUGGAAUGGUUCUAUGCUACUAUGGUGUUAACGCCUACAUCAUCGACUCGUAUCAGAAAUAUGCCGCUUCGGCGUUGGCGGCGAAGGUUUUCUUGCGAUCUGGUGGCGGUGCUGCGUUCCCGUUGUUCAUCACUCAGAUGUAUGAUCGCCUGGGACUGCAAUGGGCAUCGUGGCUCUUGGCUUUCAUUGGUGUUGGAAUGGUCUUCAUUCCGUAUAGUUUCUAUUUCUUCGGGGCGCAGCUCAGGGCGAAAAUGAGUCGUGCUUAA